AUGGAGGUUGUUCUACCCUCCUGGGUGAAUCCCUUCGCCACAUAUACCAUCAUCUGCUUUGUUGCUUAUUCAUCGCUAUGUCAAGUGCUUCGCUUCCAGCGCAUCAAGUCUAUGAAACAAAAACAUGGCUUUGGCACACCUCCAAGGCCAGACCUUUCGUCAAUGACCGAUCAGGAAGCUUAUGAGAUCCAGUCAGAAAUAGCCGAAGCUGAAUUUCCUGCUUUGUUCGAGAAAGGUCUCCAGCUUGCUUUGUUCAGAACCUAUGGCAUACCCAGCAUCUCAAGAUUGCUUGUUCAAACUGCACAGCUGUCGACAGGCGAGAAUGUAGCAAAACGAUAUGCCGACACUGCAGUCAUAAUCACUGAAAUUUACUCGAAUAAACCAAAUCACGCGCGAAGUAUCGAAGCUUUUGCUCGGUUGAACUAUCUACAUGGUCAUUAUCUCAAACAAGGGCGGAUCGGUAACGAUGAUAUGCUCUAUACAUUGGCACUCUUCAUGAACCAUCCUGUGGAAUGGAUCAACAAAUAUGAGUGGCGACAGUUGACAGAUUUAGAAGUUUGUGCUGCUGCAACUUUUCACAAGAGUAUGGGUGAAGCCAUGGAGAUCAGUUACGAUGUCCUCCCAGGGAGUAGGAACGGUUGGAAAAACGGCCUGCAGUUCUAUCGAGAACUCGACCAUUGGGCAAAAGACUAUGAAGAGAAGAAUAUGUUGCCUCACAAGGACAAUUACUUGACCGCUAUCAAGACCCAAGAGUUGCUUCUGAGCACUGUACCCUCAUUUACCCACGGACUGGUCGUACAGAUGAUUGCCGCAGCAAUGGAUGAUCGACUCCGAAACGCCAUCAUGUUUGAGCCAAGCUAUGCUGCUGCAAAGGUCUUCUUGAACCUCUUCAUGUCAGUACGACGAUUCUAUUUGAGAUAUUUUGCUUUACCGAAAUUCGACUGGCAGCGUGAAAAGGGGUUGAGCAAGGAGGAGAGUCCUGAAGGUCGAAGAUGGAUUAAAUUAUGGUCUACUACACCUCAUUAUGUCAAGCCAACGUUCUGGAAUAGAUGGGGGCCUGGCGGCCUGUACCAGCUCAUGCUUGGAGCUCCCCGUCCUGGUGAUGUAGGGAUGUGUCCCGAGGGUUAUCUGAGAUCGAAUCUUGGUCCAAGAGCUUUUAACGGGAAAGGAAUAGAUGUCUUUGAGCAACAGAAGGCAAGGCUGACACAAAGCAGAACAGGAGGCUGUCCUUUCAUAAUCAAAGGAUCCUGA